CGUGAUAUGUAUCGAGCAUACACUGAUAUGAGGAAUGCCAACUGGAAACACUCAGACAAAUACUUCCAUGCCAGAGGAAACACUGAUGCUGCCAGUAGAGGAGCGGGGGGCAGAUGGGCAGCGGAGGUUAUCAGUGAUGCCAGAGAGUGGGUGCAGUAAAAAACUGGUCAUGGAGCCGAGGAAUUUGCUGCUGAUCAAAUGGCAAAUAAGCAUGGGCGCAAUGGAGGAAAUCCCAACGAUUACAGGCCAGCAGGACUUCCUUACAAGUAUUAGUAUGAAAGCCAUUGGCAUCAAUCAAUAAUAAAACAAACAAAAGAAAUGUC